AUGCCGACCCUCGACGUUAGCGAGCUCAACAUUGUCCUGGGCGUCCUAGGCGCGUUCAUCAUUCUUGCUGGCGUCAUCUCUGUGAAGCUCAAGCAAGUGUGGUACCUGGGAGAGGCCCUUCCCGCGGUGAUUCUAGGGAUCAUCCUAGGGCCUAUCGCUGCCAAGUUCCUCGACAGCGACCGAUGGGGGUCUGCGGAAAAGGGGCAGACUCCCGAGAUCACGCUCGGCAUCAUGCGCGUCAUGAUCGGAAUCCAGCUUGUUAUCGCCGGGUACCAGCUUCCGGCGCAGUACACCCGACACCGGUGGCGGGAGAUGGCCCUUUGCCUGCUCCCCAUCAUGACCAUUAUGUGGUUGUGCACCAGCCUAUGCGUGCUCGCCGCCGUGCCGCGCGUCACGCUGCUGGCCGCGCUCGUCAUCGCCUCGUGCGUCACCACUACGGACCCGAUCCUGUCGCAGGCCGUCGCCAAAGGGCCCUUUGCCGACAAGUACGUCGCCCGCCCGCUGCGCGAGCUCAUCUCCGCCGAGGCCGGCGCCAACGACGGCUUCGGCUUCCUCUUCCUGAUGCUGGCCGUCUACCUCAUUCGCCACGCCGACAUCCCUCCCAGCGUCGAAGGCGCGGAGGAUGUCGCCGGUGCGGCCGUGGGGGCCGGCACGGCGGCCAAGAUGCUCGUGGCUCGCGCGGGGGAUGAGGUGGGCAGGUUGGGGGGCGGUGUCGGCGUGGCCUUGAUGAACUGGUUUGUCGAGACCUGGCUGUACAUUGUUCUCCUAUCCGUCGCGUACGGCGCGGUGGUUGGCUUUGGCUCCUGCUGGAUCGUCAAGUACGCCCUCAAGCGCAAAUGGAUCGACACCGAGUCGUAUCUCCUCUUCCCCGCCGCUCUCGGGCUGUUCCUCGUCGGCACCUGUGGCGCCAUCGGGACCGACGACCUGCUCGCGUGCUUCGUCGCCGGAAGCGCGCUCAACUGGGACGGCGCGUACCUCGCCGAGACGCAGCGGCGGCACGACGAGGUCAACUCGUGCAUCGACGUGCUGCUCAACUUUGGCGGCUUCCUCUACGUCGGCACCGUCAUCCCCUGGUCCGCCUUCCACGACCCGGACGGUACCGGCCUGACCUACCCGCGCCUCCUCCUCCUCGGCGUCCUGGUCCUACUCUUCCGCCGCAUCCCCGCCAUCUUCCUCACCUACAAGCUGAUGCCCGCGAGCUGCGCCAACUGGAAGGACGCGCUCUUCAUGGGCUACUUUGGCCCGAUCGGCGUCGGCGCCGUCUUCUACGUCGAGCACAGCCGCCACCUGUUCCCGAAGCUGGGCGAGGGCGACGCGGAGGAGACGGACCUGGCGCGCGCGAUCGUGCCGGCGGUGUACUGGCUGGUCAUCUUCUCCAUCGUUAUCCACGGCCUGUCGAUCCCCGCGCUCAACCUUGUCUACACAUACAUGGGCAUCAAGCCCAUCACAGAGGACUCGGUCGCGAUUCGCCGCAUAUCGAUGCAUGUCGCGACGCCGGUGAACGCGGUCCCAGGCAAUCGGGACACGUUCAUCGCGUACAACCGGUUCAGUCGCCCUGUGUUUGACGCCUCGCAGCUGCCGGUGAUACGCGACCCGCCUGCGAAGGAGCUGUACGAUAUGGAUGGUUACGACGAUGAAAAGGAAAGGGGACGUGUUCGCACAGUCCGGUACGCGGCGGAAGACAGGGUGUAA